AUUCAAAACGUUAAUCUUGUGAAGGCGGAAGGUAGUUUAUAUGGAAGAGGAUGUUUAUUACAUUAAUUUUUCAGUUUUCGCGUCGUUUGUAUUGGCAACGGACAUAUUAGUUUCCAAUUUAUAUUUAACAAGUAUCGACAGGGUGGUUUAAAUUGGCAACUUAAAUUUGAUAAACUUAUUUUUAUUAAAUUCAAUUGUAUACUGCAACAUUUACGAUAACUUAGAUAUGUAAAUUUGUUUGUGAUAGAAACAUGGCUAGUUGUUCAGCAAGUUUGAUAGUCGCUGCCUUUGACAUUGGAACUACAUUUAGCGGAUACGCAUACUCAACCAACAACGACCCAAGAAAUGUUUGCACCAACCAAACUUGGAUUGCCGGGGGCAGAUCCCUCGUUUCUCUUAAAACCCCAACAUGCGUCCUUCUAGAUCCCAAUGGAAAGUUUCACUCGUUUGGAUACGAAGCUGAGAACCAUUAUGCUUCUCUGGCCGAAGACGAAAAUCAUUAUGAGUGGUACUACUUCAGACGAUUCAAGAUGAUGCUGCAAGAUGACAAGGAUUUAACCAAGGAAACAAUGCUUGAAGAAAUCAACGGCAAGGACAUGAAAGCUAUAAAGAUUUUCUCCUAUUCAAUUAAAUUCCUAAAGGACCAUCUCAUGCGUUUGUUACAAAACCGUCUGCCUGAUAUUACUGAGGAGGAUAUUCAAUUUGUUUUGACUGUUCCUGCCAUUUGGAAUGACCGUGCAAAGCAGUUUAUGAGAGACGCAGCCAAUAAGGCUGGUAUCGAAAACAACAAGCUUGUUAUCGCGCUUGAGCCUGAGGCAGCUUCGAUUUGGUGUCAAGGAAUCGAGACGGAAGUUACCCGUGGUUCUAAAGGGGCGAGGGUAAACAUUUCAGCUGCUGGAACACAAUAUAUGAUUGUCGAUAUUGGUGGUGGAACAGCUGAUAUAACAGUUCAUGAAAAACAGAGAGAUAAAUCACUUAAGGAAAUUAAACAACCAAGCGGUGGUUCAUGGGGAGGAACAGAAGUUGACAACACUUUUCUGGAAUUUCUGGCAUCAGUAGUCUCUGACGAGGUUUUGAGGACAUUUCAGAAGCAACAAAUGGCAGAUUACCUCGAUAUUUUGAGAGAAUUUGAAACAAAGAAACGUUCAAUAGGGACCACAAUUUCCGGGAAAAUUCUGAUCAAAAUGCCAUUAAGUCUGAAGGAGAUAUUUGAAGAAUAUGGAAAAGAUUUGGCGUCAGUAAAAGAACAUUUUGGCAACAAAGUAGAUUGGAAAGGAGAUAAAAUGAGAAUUGACGCUGAAGUUAUCAAGAAUAUGUUCUCCACCACGGUGCAAAAACUUGUAUACCAUGUAAAACGUAUUUUGUCAAGCAGAGAAUUGAGAAACGUGAAAUCCAUCGUUUUAGUUGGGGGUUUUGCAGAAAGCCCAUUCGUCCAAGAAACAUUUAAAGAAACAUUUGGAGAAAAGAAUAGACUCAUAAUUCCAGAUGACUGUGGGAUGGCUGUCUUGAAAGGAGCUGUUGUUUUCGGACACAAUCCGAGAUCCGUUUCUUCCAGAAUUGCUAGAUACACAUAUGGAAUUGAACUCAUAGUUCCAUUCGAUAAAAAUAUUCAUCCUGCCAAAUACCUUCUUGAACAUGAUGAUGGCGAUUUUUGUCUGUUUGGGUUCUGGAAAGCCAUUGUUGUUGGUACGAGCAUUUCCCCGGGACAAAAAGUUUCUCGCAUUGGACGUCCUAUUAAUGAUUAUCAAGCACAUAUGAACUACGGUAUUUACAGAUCUUCGCAACGAAAUCCAGUUCUAGUGAAAGAUGCAGACUGCGAAAAAAUUGGAGAAAUUGACAUGGAACUGGAUUCGUCGAAGAUAUCGAUCGACAAUACAUUUGACCAGACGUUUAUAUUCGGCGACACCGAAAUUAAGUUCUGUACAACAAAUCCCAACACUGAGGAAGAAGUUCAACUAUAUUUAGAUUAUUAGGUGAUGAAAAUGUUCAGCGUCCUGAAAAUUAUACUCAGACCUUACCACUGCCUGAAUGGUACGCGAUGAUAUUUGGUAUAAUUCGAUUAAUUGAACUAUUCGCUUGUUUAGGUUUUAAACAUUUUCUUGUACGAGGACUGAUACUCGCAUAAAUAACGUUUCUCGUGCUAUUGUACGUGCAAUUUUAAGCUUGUACAAUGUAGACAUACUUGAACGACAAGUGAAUAUAACACUAAAACGUUCCAGCCCAUUAACAUGUCGUGUUUUCUUUACCUCAUCAAGCCGACAUUAGACCUGAUAAUCAAUUUACCAGUGGUUACGAUAAAGGCUUCCAUAUACACCUCUCGUAGUGUACAAAUGAAAGCAAAACUCUAUGUCUGAUGAAUGUAAUUUUCGGUGUUUAGAUGUAGUAAAUUAGACGAACAUUAAUUUCCCUUAAUCAUUUAUUCGCCAAUAAGUGGCGUAUUAAUUGCACGAGGUUUUCGUGCACGCAAGCCGCGUAUUUCAUUCAGACUUGGGACUUGUAGGCGACAACAACCGUAUUUAUUUCUUACGAACGAAACUGCAAAUUUAGGGGCUAUAGCGUAAGGUUCAUAUUUAGAAUUGUAUAUGAAUGCUACUCUUGCAGUAUCGGUGCUGUAUAUAGUUAUAUGAUUUCAUGUCCAUGUCAAUGUCCAUGGACUGUAUUAUUUCACUAGAGUUGGAUUGAAUGUGUAUUAUGAUUUGAAGUAUGAAAUGAAUACUAUUAUAUGUUUGGUAUAUGUAUAAUACACGGUUAGUAGGUCGUUGCUACCAUUGGCUUAUAUAAAAAUACAUUGUGUUAUUUUGUUUAUUCUAGGGUCAAUGUCAGUCCCACUGGAGUUUGAGUAUACAUGUAUAAGGAAAUUGAUUUUAAAAUGUGUCUCCUUUACUUUCAGUUGUUUUCGAUUAAGAUUGAUUAUAUAAAUGAACUCUACAAUUUACGUACGAACAGUUUCUCAUUUAGCGGUGGCAUCACACAAUGUAACGACUCAACAGCAGCCUGCAAUACUUUAGUAACUUCUUGUAAAUAUAUGCAUGUAUCUAAAUCGCACUCAACUAGUUUUUAACGUAUUAGAUAAACAUUCAUGUGUAGCAAAUAGAGGGGCACUUCUAUCUCAUACAUAUAAGACAUAUAUAUAGACAUAACUGAACCUCCAUAUUCAAACAUCUACCUUCGUCUUAAGACGCAAAUUUUUAUAUGAAGAGGUGGUUCACCUCUAAAUUUGAGAAAAAUGCAUCAACGAUCCACCAGAAUAGAGCAUACUAUUUUGUGUUUGUUAGUGCUUUCGUCAGAUCUGAUCAACGUAAAAUUAACAAACAGAAAAUGUGAGAAAAAAAACAACAACACAGAUUAUCAUUGACCCAGAAAGAAAUGACAAACACCAAGUAAAAGCUACCUUUUACUUCUGACACUAGUUUAACAUGUAAGUCUUGGUGGAAAAUAGACUGACUGAAACAUUCGUCAGAAUCGAUCUGCGUAAAAUAAAUAAACAAUAAAAUUUGAAAAAAAAAACAUUUCAUUUUCAUAGGCCCAUUCAAAAAUGAAAACAUCAAAUCAUUUAUGAAAUGACAUACGUUGAUACUUUCUUUGGGCUCUUGGGCAUUUAAACUGUCAAAUUAGCUUUCUUCAUUGUCCGGAUCAUGAAUGACUUCCUUUAUCAAUGUUUAUCGAUCAUAGAUCUAAAGCUAGCUUGUUAAAGCAGUUGCAUAACUAGUUUUAAGAGUAAAACCAAGGACAAAAAUACUACUCGUAUGAUCAAUAACUUUUAUACAAAAUGGUUCAAUACAAUUGAAGCGCCUUUCCAUAGAGAUAGCGUGAGCGACUCUAUUUGCACUGUUCAAUGUCAUUAUGUACGUGCACG